AAUGUACGCUUGUUUCUUUGUUUCUCUCGCGAGAUCUGGCAACAUUGACUGAGAGGAGAGGCUCUGUGAGCGUUGGGAGAAAGAGGGGAGCAACGGGAGAGUUUUUAUUCCACAUCAGUGGGUUGUUGAAGGUUAUCUUCACCGUUUAGGAACAGAACUGCUGCAUAAAAUCUACCUUCGAAAUGUCCAAGAACCAGGAGGUGGAGCGCAUUGCUAAAAAACUGGAUAAAAUGGUGCAUAAAAAGAACACGGGAAAAACCCACAACACGGGCCCAACCUUCAACAGGAAGAGAAGUUAGGCGAUGAGCGACGUGUGAUGUUUUUACAGGAUGGCGCUCUGGACCUGCUGAGGGAACUGAAGAACAUAAAGAUGUCUCUGGAAACACUGCAGUCCACCAGAGUCGGGAUGUCGGUGAAUGCCGUGAGGAAACAGAGUUCAGAGGAAGAGGUUCAGACUCUGGCCAAAGCUCUCAUUAAGUCUUGGAAGAAACUGCUAGAUGAAGGGAAGUCUGAGGAGAAGAAGAAAGAGGGUUCUCCGGUGUCCACGUCUUCCACCUCCAAGGACACCAAGAGCAGCGAGACAAGCAGUAAAAAGUCCGUGGACACACCCACCCUUUCGUCUCGCUUCACCACCUUCCCAACGGCCGCCGUCACCACUGACAAUGUCCGGAACAAGUGUCGAGAGCUGCUGGUGGCUGCGCUGCAGACAGACAAUGACCACAAGAGCAUCGACGUGGACUGUGAACACCUCGCAGCACAAAUCGAAGAACUGAUCUAUCAAGAAUUUAAGUCAACAGACAUGAAAUACAAAACCCGACUACGAAGUCGAAUCUCAAAUCUGAAGGACCAAAAAAACCCUGAGCUGCGCCGCAACGUCCUCUCUGGAAACAUAUCACCUAAACGCAUCGCCUCCAUGAGCGCCGAGGAAAUGGCGAGUGCAGAACUGAAGCAGAUCAGAGAAAUACUGACCAAGGAGUCCAUCAGAGAGCAUCAGCUGUCCAGGGUGGGAGGGACGGAGACGGACAUGUUCACCUGCAGCAAGUGUCGUGGGAAGAGCUGCACGUACACUCAGGUGCAGAUUCGAAGCGCUGACGAGCCGAUGACGACCUAUGUGUUUUGUAACAGCUGUGGAAACAGAUGGAAGUUCUGUUGAAGAGGAUGUAAAUGUAACCCUGCAGUGAUGCAAACGGACUAAAGUGGAAUGACUUAUGUAUUUAAGAAUAUUUUUUUAUGAUUUCUGUAUGUUUUUGUUUUAUAUUUAAAAAAGUUAAGAGCAAUUAUGUAAUAUAUUUGCCAGUUAUUGGUUUAAUUUGUUUUCUAUGCAACACUUGUAUAUUUUUUUUUUCUAAAGCGAGAUGAAGCUUAAGGACAAAUGUGAAUCACACUUGUUUAUUAAGAGUUGGUGUGUUCUUUCUUUGCUGUUUGCUGCCAGAUAUUUUGCCCUUAACAUAUCUAUUAAAUUUGCUCUUGAAUGAAAA